AUGGGUCGCAUAAAGACCUUUUUUAAAAGACCUUUCCAAAAUUUAACUGCAUUGGAAAGGCUUGUACAAUGGAUCAGAAUCAUCUCCACCUUCGCUAACAUCGUACUGUCUCUUAUGAUAACUGAUAGUGCUUGGAGGUUCCCAACCAAGUUUUAUAUGGGGAGACUUGAUACGUUCCAAUUUGAUAUUGCACAGGGUAUCUUUAACGUGUUGAAAGAUACUAUGGAAACUUCUAAUGGGAUUAAUAAUGGAGUCGGAUUGACUACAUCAGAAUUAUAUAUCUUAACUUCAUAUACUUUAACGCAAGUGGAAAAUUUCCCUCAAUAUAUCACUGCUUCAUUAUAUGGGACAUGUAAUACAUGGUUCAAUACAACGGAAAUGCCUUUAGAUGGUACAAUGCUUGUUGAAGCACAUAAAAGGAAUUCAAAUUCAAGUAUUACUAAUGCAUGCUAUUAUAAUGGUUCAGAUUUUAUAUUCGAUUAUAGAGAGAUUUUAUCUACGUAUGGAUUAAAGAUUGUGUUAGAUUAUGCAUAUCCUGCUGAGAAAGACGCAACAGGAUAUAAUGGGUAUUUGAAAUGGACGAGAACCAACAAGAUACAUUUGCUUAAAUUAAUGAAAUCUGUAAUAACAAUGGAAUUUAUUACAUUCUUCCUAACGUAUUGGUAUUAUUCUGUUAAGGGACGAUUUAUUAAUGGAUUACAAGAAAAGAUUUUAGUUCAUUUAAUCUCAUUAUUGUCUUUUACCGUUUUCAUAUGUGGAAUAGUAAGCAUAGCAGGUUUAGCAUUUAUGAAUUAUACAUUACAAUCUAGAAUUAAAACAGAAUUAGGAGGAUUUGGAUUCUCUUAUCAUCUAGGUAGAUCGUGGUUUUGUUGUUUAUGGCUCCUAACUUCUUUCCUUGGGAUUGGAUGCUUGAUUUGGUCAGGUUUAGAAUGGUGUAUUUCAGAUACCGAAGAGCCCAAUUUUGAUGACCCAGAUAAUCAAAUGCUGGGUUAUCAACCAGGUGUAUUUACUGGGACUGACAACAAUGACAACAAGGAUACUGCCAUUUUAAAUGAAACAAAUGAACCAGGCAGUGAUAUGUACCUCAAUCGACAUGGAGAUGCUAAUAGUUCGCGCUCCCUUCCAGUGAACCCAUUUGAUGAUCAAUCAAGAUCUGCAUCCAUAGAAGAAUACGAAAUGGAAACUAUUUCUCUACGACAUAGUAACGAAUCUGAAAGAAGUAUUCAAAAAAUUGUGCAACCAUCUCCUACUAUGUAUUUUUGA